AUGUUGGAAAUUACUGUAUAGCGGUAUGCGAAUUGGGGAGGAUGAUACUUGAAUCCAUAUCGGAAAGUUUAGGUUUAGAAAAAGAGCGACUAAAUACGAUAUUAGGCGAGCAAGGACAACAUAUGGCCAUCAACUAUUAUCCACUGUGCCCUGAACCUGAGUUAACUUAUGGGUUGCCUGGUCACACUGAUCCUAAUGCACUCACCAUGCUCCUUCAAGACACGCUUGUCUCUGGAUUACAAGUUCAAAAAGAUGGCAAAUGGGUAGCGGUUAAACCACACCCUAACGCGUUUGUCAUCAACAUUGGCGACCAACUAGAGGCGUUGAUUAAUGGUGAAUACAAGAGUGCGUGGCAUCGAGCUGUAGUCAACUCAGAUCAUUCAUAUCUCUACGGUCUAUAUAGAGAUAUGUUGGCUACCUGGUCGGGGGUUAAGGGAAUGGUUUGGUAAGGUUUUUGCCUUGUUCAGUGUAUAGAUCCUGCAAGGACCUGAGUCAAACUUACUAGGACCUCUUUCAAUACCCACAUAAACAAUUGAAAAUAA